CAGCAGGACCUCAACAAGCUGAGAGGGCAGGAUUAGGAACCAUUUAUACAGAGAGAGUGGGACAGAGAGCCUGGGAGGGGGACCAAAGAAAUGUAUAAGACAGCCACAGAGAGAGACAGGGAGAUUGAGGGAGGAAGGCAGCAGAGCAGAAGGGGUGGAGCGGGCAGAGGCAGCCGGGGAAGGAGGGGUGGGCAGGGGGCGGGAGAGGAGCCGCCGGUAACAAUUACGUCUGGGUCCAAGCAAACAUGAAGCAGCUGCCAGCCUGGCCCGGCAGUCCUGUUCUCCUCGGCUGCGAAGAGGGGCAGCCGGCAACAGUUUCCUUCGGCGCUCAGGAUGCAGCGAGCCGAGGAGGUGAUGAAGGUGUCGGAUGGCAGUCUCCUGGGGGACCCUGGGCGCACGCCGCUAAGCAAGAAGGAGGGCGUCAAGUGGCAGAGGCCACGGCUCACCCGCCAGGCCCUGAUGCGGUGCUGCCUGGUCAAGUGGAUCCUGUCCAGCGCAGCCCCACAGGGCUCAGACAGCAGCGACAGUGAGCUGGAGCUGUCCACAGUGCGCCACCAACCAGAGGGGCUGGACCAGCUGCAGGCACAGACCAAGUUCACCAAGAAGGAGCUGCAGUCCCUCUACAGGGGCUUCAAGAACGAGUGUCCCACAGGCCUGGUGGAUGAAGACACCUUCAAACUCAUUUACUCGCAGUUCUUCCCUCAGGGAGAUGCUACCACCUACGCGCACUUCCUGUUCAAUGCCUUCGAUGCCGACGGGAACGGGGCCAUCCGCUUCGAGCGCCGCCAGGCCAAGGGAGCCCCUGAGGCGCACGGAGGUGGUCGUGACCCACGGGAAUUUGCAUUUGAAGAGGAGGCAAGGUUUAGCUCAGAGGUCUGCGCUAGGGUGGCGUUUCAGGCCCCCUGCCCCAGAGUUUACCCCCUGGCCAGGAAGCAGGCAGCGCGCCGCAGCCUGAGCGGCCCGAUGAGAGUGACAUGCACAGCUUUAAAAACAAUUCUUCAGACUGCUGGUGGCUUUUCAGCACCCAGGAUCAAGCCGGGCUGCCCAGCCAGGUCGAAAGUGAUAUUGGCCAAGCUGCUCGUUUGGAGUUAUGGCCAGGGGCCCAUCUCCCAGCAGCUUCCUACGAAAGAGGACGUGGGAGGUGACUUGAGCCUUUGGAUGUCUGGAAGCAUCUUUGUCCUGUUCUUAUUCUUGCUUGCUGUGUUGUGUGGGACCAGAGCUACCUGCGGUGGUGGCCUCACUCCACUGGCUUCUCGCCUCCAGUGUUGCUGUCCAGAGGCAGAGCCUGCCCAUUCCUGCCCCUUGUACGGGAUCUGCUUUUGUUUUUUCUGUUUGGUUUGGUUUUUCUCUCUGGAAGUUCAUAGGAUCCUCUCUUUGCUGCCCAUUUCCUGAAGUGUUGUGCUGUAUGCCAGCAGGUGACACCUCGGGCUGCCUCCAUGCGCGUGCUGGGCCUCGGCAGGGCCUGGACACGCACAGCCUUCCGUGCUGGGAAGUCCUUUGCUGCUUCUGACAUGCUUCCCUCUGAUUCUUCCUGCACCUCCUGCUGUCCGACUGUCGGUCCCUCCGGAGGGCACCUCUUAUCUUUCUCUUUUCUCUCCCAUUUUCCAGCUCCGCCUUUUCAUGCUACUCUAUAGAAGAUUCCACUUGCUCUUCCAACCCUUCUUCUGAAUCUGUCAUUUCCCUUUCUUGUUUUGAAUUCUGAACAGCUCUUUCUUGUUCUCAAUUUUCCUUUUUUAUAAAAGGAUAAUUUUUUUAUCCUAGUCUUAAUUUAGGGUGCCAGAUUUCUAAUCUCUGAAUCUGAUAGUUUCUGUUAAGUUUUUUUCUUCGGGAGUAAUUUUCGUUUCUCCCAAAUUGCUUUACUCUGUUUCCCUUAGUCUCUCUCUCUUGUGGUACAGGCUUCCUGAGAUCCAGAAGAUCCAAAAUUGGAGUGGGGAUCAAGUGGAGUACUCCCCAUUAUUAAAAAGCCCCCCAGAUCUUCCCUAUCAGUGGCGAUGCAUUAAAUGGUCUAAGACACCAUGUAUUUGAGUCUCUUUAUUUGAGAAGAUCAGCAUCAGCCACCAUUCCAUCCAUUCCAUCCCUGCCACACACACACACACACACGCAUUCGCACACUCACACUGUCUUGGCCCACUCUGUCAUGGAGGCUCCUCACCUCUAGACAUGUGAAUCCCAUUGGAAGCCACACAGAUCACUGGAAACAGAAUCUGGUAUUGGAUUGUCACUCCUCAGCCUCCCCUCCC